AUGGCCCUCAUCGUAGAUAAGCAUCGGCCUAGGUCGCUAGAUACCCUCACGUAUCACUCAGAGCUCUCAGACCGCCUCCGAUCUCUGGCUCAAAGCGGCGAUUUCCCUCAUCUUCUAGUCUACGGACCUUCAGGGGCUGGAAAGAAAACGAGAGUGGUGGCCACCCUCAAGGAGCUGUACGGGCCGGGUGUCGAAAAGAUCAAGAUCGAUGCACGAGUAUUCCAGACGCAGUCAAACCGCAAACUCGAAUUCAACAUCGUCGCCUCCGUCUAUCACCUCGAAAUCACACCCUCGGACGUAGGCAACUAUGAUAGAGUCGUCAUACAAGAUCUCCUCAAAGAGGUCGCACAAACACAACAGGUUGAUCAGUCUGCCAGGCAACGGUUCAAGGUGGUGGUAAUCAACGAGGCGGAUCAUUUGUCACGCGAUGCCCAAGCAGCUCUCCGCCGAACUAUGGAAAAGUACUCGCCCAAUCUUCGAUUGAUCCUUCUCGCGAAUUCGACUGCGAACAUUAUCGCCCCCAUUCGAUCGCGUACACUUCUCGUGCGCGUGGCAGCGCCCACGCAUGAGGACAUAUGCGCGGCGCUUGCGCAGUCGGCGAAGAAAGAGGGCUGGCCCGUGGUGGAAAGUCUACACCAGAGAAUUGCAGAGGAAAGCGGUAGGAACCUGCGAAAGGCCCUACUCAUGUACGAGACAGUACAUUCACAAAAUGAAAAGAUCCUGGAAGUACGCAGCCAGCUAUACGACCUUUUGACGCACUGCAUACCAGCCACCACGAUCCUUACAACCCUCACAUUCAAACUCAUCGCUAUGAUUGAUGACGAGCUCAAAGGCGAGGUCAUCAAGUGGGCCGCCUUCUACGAGCACCGCAUCAAGACUGGAACCAAGCUUAUUUUCCAUCUAGAAGCAUUUGUGGCCAAGUUCAUGAGGAUAUUCGAGUUAUACUUGAUGAGUAUGGACAUGUAA